UAAAAGAAUUGUAAAGGUCUCAGCCGAUUAGUUUUUAGGUUGCAUCGGCGACGAGGGUACUGCAUCUACGAUCUCCGGCGGCGGUCGACGGCACCUUACCACUUCGGCCGCCCCUAACGACCACACCAAGCGCGACAAGUAUCCAUCGGUGAAGACAUGGCCGCCUGCUUGCCUUUACUCUAUCAAUCCGCAAUCAGAUUUAGGGUUCUCGCCUACAGAUUUCGUCUAACCCUCUGAAACCGAACCCUAGUUAACAAGUUCAAAGAAUCAUAUAUCGAGAUGUGGGCCCUAGAGCAUACAAUGCUGCUGGCUACGUCUACCAGUCACCUGCCCUGUAACUUCAUUGACAGAAGAAUUGGCAGUGUCGAUCAGAGGAAGAUAACAUUAUCAUGCCCAAAUCUGUAUUACCCUAAACUUUAUUUUCCGCAAAGAACUCAGUUUCAUAAAGCCCUCAAGCUAUCCCAAUUACAGAGAUGUUAUGUGACUCCUACUACCAAUGAUGUGCCCCAUUGUGCAUCCGCGUCUAUAGAUGAUGAAGAAGUUUCUGCAAACGGUCGAUUGAAUAAUGAAUCAGAAACCUUGUUCAGUAACUGGUCUCCUCCUAGGUACUUAUGGAGGGGGCUAUCCGUCCUAAUCAUGGCCGGGCAAGUGAUCAUACGGGUUGUAAAGGGAAAGAUCCACUGGAGAAACACCUGUCAGCAACUAGAGAGGGUCGGCCCUAAAUCCGUCGGGGUUUGUCUGCUGACCUCAGCUUUUGUGGGCAUGGCCUUCACCAUUCAAUUCGUCAGGGAAUUCACAAGGUUAGGUCUAAACAGGUCCGUCGGUGGGGUCUUGGCCUUAGCAUUCGCAAGAGAACUGAGUCCGGUCGUCACGUCAAUCGUGGUUGCCGGCCGUAUUGGCAGCGCGUUCGCUGCAGAGCUUGGGACGAUGCAGGUUUCCGAACAAACCGACACGCUUAGGGUUUUGGGUGCGGACCCCGUCGAUUACCUGGUGACCCCACGGGUGAUCGCCUCUUGUGUUGCUUUGCCCAUUUUGACCCUGUUGUGUUUCACGGUUGGGCUGGCGUCAAGUGCAGUCUUAUCCGACGGUGUGUAUGGGAUCAGUGUGAACAUAAUCUUGGAUUCGGCUCGGAGGGCGCUUAGGUCAUGGGACAUUGUGAGCGCGAUGAUCAAGUCGGGGGUUUUCGGCGGGAUCAUAUCCGUGGUGAGCUGCGCUUGGGGUGUGACGACCCUUGGGGGGGCUAAGGGGGUGGGAGAAUCGACCACUUCGGCUGUCGUCAUCUCUCUUGUGGGCAUCUUCAUAGCUGACUUUGCACUCUCUUGUUGUUUCUUCCAGGGUGCAGGUGACUCUUUGAAAAAUUGUGUUUGAUGCUUUUCUUUAUUAUCUGCUUACUUUUCUGAAGAAGAAGAAGAAGAAGAAGAAGAAAUUCUUUGAAUGUUUUUUAACUUUUAAAGAUUAAUAUCACUCUCUUUUGUUCAAAGAAUAAAGAAUUUGGCAGGGA